AUGGCCGAGAUGAGCUUCCUGAGCAGCGAGGUGUUGGCGGGGGACUUGAUGUCCCCCUUCAACCAGUCGGGUUUGGGGGCUGAAGACAGCUUAGGUCUCUUAGAUGACUUCCUGGAGGUGCCCAAGCACUUCAGACCGCAUGGGUUCUCCAGGGUCAAGGCUAAGGUGGGCUCCUCCGACUGGCUGGCUGUGGAUGGCUUGGUCGAUGCCUCAGACAACGGCAAGGAGGAUGCCUUCUCCGGGACAGAUUGGAUGGUGGAGAAGAUGGAUCUGAAAGAGUUCGACUUUGAUGCCCUGUUCAGUUUAGGUGACCUGGAAACCAUGCCAGAUGAGCUUUUGGCUACGUUGGAUGACACCUGUGAUCUCUUUGACCCCUUAGUCCAGGAGACUAAUAAGGAGCCCCCCCAGACCGUGAACCCAAUCGACCAUCUCCCAGAAAGUUUGCCACAUACCGACCAGGUUGCCCCCUUCACUAUUCUGCAACCUCUCCCUCACUCCCCAGGGGCCCUGGCCUCCACACCAGACCACUCCUUUAGUUUAGAUCUUGGCAGUGAAGUGGAUAUUUCUGAAGGAGACAGGAAGGCAGACCCACUUCCUUAUAUUUCUGUAGUCCCUCAGUGCAUAAAGGAGGAGGAUACGCCCUCAGAUAACGACAGUGGGAUUUGUAUGAGCCCAGAACCGUAUCUGGGCUCUCCGCAACCCAGCCCCUCCACCUCUGGGGACUCCCCAAAUAGGAGUGUGCUGUCUUCACCUACCGUUGGUUCUCCUCGGCCUAAACCGUAUGAUCCCAUUGGAGAGAAGGUGGUAGCAGCUAAAGUAAAGGGAGAGAAAUGGGAUAAGAAACUGAAAAAAAUGGAGCAGAACAAGACGGCAGCCACUAAAUAUCGUCAGAAGAAGAGGGCAGAGCAGGAGGCCCUGGCUGGGGAGUGGAAAGAACUAGAAAAGAAGAAUGAGGCUCUGAAAGAGAAGGCAGACUCCCUGGCCAAGGAGAUCCAGUAUCUGAAAGACUUGAUAGAGGAGGUCCGCAGGGCCAGGGGAAAGAAAAAGGGGCCCUAG